GAUCAGUAGUGUGGGCUCAACGCUAAGUAGUAUUUGGGUGGUUUAUAUCAAAGGGUAAAGCUACUGGCUUUCGUCCCUAAACGUGGACAUUUUGAAGUGUCAAGAGGUACUCGUCAUCCAGUUUUUGGGCCGAGCAGUUGAACAGCGGGGAUAUAUUAUUAACGCUGUCUUGCUAACCUUUGUUGCGGCUAUGUAAAACUAGCUUGUUAGGUUUACGUCAUUUCAGCAGGUGCUACUCUGCUAGCUUAGCUUCACAUUGGGAUCUAUUAGCUUGUUAAACAGCUACAGUAGCUAAAAUUAAACAAGCUGGCAUCUAGAGGGAAUACGGGUCAGACUAGUGUGUGACAGGGAGUUUACUUAUGCUACUUCUCGUAGUGUGACCCGAGACUGCGACUGGAUGUUUAGUAAUAGAAAUAGCAGUAGUCACAGCUAGCAGAUUGUUAGCUUGUUAAAUAACAACAAUGGGCUAUAAGAAGUGUUUGAAAACAGCAAGGAGACUUUAUUUUUGGGCUAUUCUCUUCAUAGUGUUCAUCAAAGGAGUAACAGCUGAUGAGGAGCAACACCAGGACGAAGCACCAGAGUUAAAGUCCUACCAUGACCCAGACUCUGAAGAGGAAGAUGUUCGAUUAUCACCAGAAAUUGUGGCAGGUACUAUGACCACUGAUCACUCCCAUCCUGAAGAGGAAACACAGCCCCCUUCGGAGGGUCUAGAAGGAGAGGAGAAGGAGGACCUACCUGACCCGCCUCCUCCUGUUGAGGAAAAACCUAAAGAGGUUCCUGUGGUGAAUGGAGGUACAGCCCAUGGAGAGCCCUGCAUAUUCCCCUUCCUCUUCCAGGAGACAGAGUACAUAGAGUGUACCACUGACGGGCGGGGGGAUGGACGGCUAUGGUGUGCCACGACGUACGACUAUGACCAGGAUAAGAAAUGGGGUUUCUGUGAGACGGAGGAACAGGCACAGCAGAGGCUUCAGGCUGAGGAAGCAGAGAAGCAGUAUCAGACUGUCCUGCGCAUGCUGAACUCCACCACCAGGAAGACUCAGAAAAAAGAAUUAUAUGAAAAGCUGCUAAAAGUGGCAGAAAAAGGCCACCAGAAAGCCAUGGAGAAGGUGGCGUAUGCCAUGCUGUUUGGAGAUUACAUGAACCAAAAUAUUACCAAGGCCAGAGAAAUGUUUGAGAAGCUUGCCAUGGAGGGCUCACCUAAAGCUCAGAUGGCUCUUGGAUUUCUGUAUGCAGCAGGGCUCGGAGUUAACUCAAGUCAAGCUAAGGCCUUGGUUUACUACACCUUUGGUGCACUGGGUGGAAACCUGCUCGCUCACAUGAUUCUGGGCUACAGGUACUGGGGAGGGGUGGGUGUUCCCCAAAGCUGUGAAUCAGCACUAACGCAUUAUAGGCUCGUAGCAAAUCAGGUGGCCAGCGAUGUUUCCCUGACGGGGGGCUCGGCGGUGCAGAGGAUCAGACUGCUCGAUGAGGUGGAGAACCCGGGAUCUACCAGCGGGAUGUUGGAGGAAGACCUCAUCCAGUACUACCAGUUUCUAGCGGAGAAAGGGGACGUCCAAGCUCAGGUGGGCCUGGGUCAGCUGCACUUACACGGAGGACGUGGAGUAGAACAGAAUCACCAGAGGGCGUAUGACUACUUCAACCAGGCAGCCAAUGCAGGCAACACACAUGCUAUGGCUUUUCUUGGAAAGAUGUAUUCAGAAGGCAGUGAGUUUCUCCCUCAGAAUAAUGAGACAGCCUUGCAGUACUUCAAGAAGGCUUCUGACCUGGGUAAUCCGGUGGGACAGAGUGGGUUGGGGAUGGCCUAUCUUUAUGGUAGAGGUGUGCCAGUGAACUACGAGCUGGCCCUCAAAUACUUCCAGAAGGCAGCAGAGCAGGGCUGGGUGGAUGGACAACUCCAGCUGGGCACUAUGUAUUACAAUGGCAUUGGCGUGAAGCGUGACUACAAGCAGGCUCUUAAAUUCUUCAACCUGGCCUCACAGGCUGGGCACAUCCUGGCCUUCUACAACUUGGCCCAGAUGCAUGCUACUGGUACUGGUGUGAUGCGUUCCUGCCACACCGCUGUAGAGCUUUUCAAAAAUGUGUGUGAGCGUGGUCGCUGGUCAGAGCGCCUGAUGACAGCCUACAGCAGCUUUAAGGAGGGCGACAUGGACGCUGCGCUGGUUCAGUAUCUGCUGCUGGCUGAGCAGGGCUACGAGGUGGCUCAGAGCAACGUGGCCUUCAUUCUGGAUCAGAAAGGGGCAAGGAUCUUCAGUGAGAAUGAGACCUACCCUCGUGCAUUGCUCCACUGGACAAGAGCUGCAGCGCAAGGUUACACCGUGGCAAGGAUAAAACUGGGAGACUAUCAUUUCUAUGGCUACGGGACGGACGUGGACUACGAGACGGCUGUCAUUCACUAUAGGUUGGCAUCUGAGCAGCAGCACAGCGCACAGGCCAUGUUUAACUUGGGUUACAUGCAUGAGAAAGGCCUGGGUAUCAAACAGGACAUCCACCUAGCCAAACGGUUUUAUGACAUGGCUGCUGAGGCCAGUCCUGACGCCCAGGUUCCAGUUUUUCUAGCUCUGUGCAAACUGGGCCUGGUUUAUGCUCUCCAGUACCUGCAGGAUCUUAAUGUGAGUAUUUCCUCCUGA